UGUCCCUUUCGCUUUCACCUCUCAUGCCAGAGUCACAGUUCAGUCUCAUGUCCUCUCCCGGCUUCCGUAGACAUUCCUUCACUGUCAGUUCUGUGCGGUGACAGACAACCAUCGGUGAGCCAGCAAUCCAGCUCCAAGUGUAAACUAUGGAAGAGAUUAAUAACAUUGAAGUCACUCCGUGCACAGAGUCCGACUAUCUGAAACCGCUCAGGGUGCACUAUAACCAGAAUGGCACAAAGAAAUCCUGGGACUUCAUGCGAACCCAUGAUAGUGUAUCAGUGCUGAUCUUCAACACCAGCUCACACUGUUUUGUCCUUGUCAAGCAGUUCCGCCCAGCUGUAUACAUGUGUGAGUGGGAAAGGACCAAGACGCAGCCGCCUAAGUCUGCUGAAAAAACUGAGGAGGGGGCCUCCGAAUCCGCCGCUACAGCCCCCGAGUCUCCGGAGGGCCAGUCGGCCUCAGAGGGUGAGAGCUCUUCUCAGUGGCCCCCGGCCUCAGCGGGCGUCACCUAUGAGCUCUGUGCCGGCCUGGUGGACAAACCCGACCUAUCUCUGGAGGAGAUCGCCCGGCAGGAGGUGCUGGAGGAGUGUGGCUACGAUGUGCCUGCCUCUAAACUGAAGAGGAUUACUUCUUACAGGUCAGGCGUAGGUGUAACAGGCGCCAAGCAGACCAUGUUUUACGCCGAGGUGUCUGACGACAACUGUGUGAGCGCAGGGGGAGGUGAGCCAAAGGAGGGAGAGCUUAUCGAGGUGGUCAAAGUCCCGCUGCACGAGGCCAUGACGUUUGCCUACGACGAGCGUAUACCCAAAACCAUGGGCGUCAUAUUUAGUUUCAUCUGGUUCCAUAAUAACAUGUCUCCCAAGUACAAGAUCUCCACCAAUGUGUAACUAGUAUUAACCAACCCUCUUUAUACUGUUUAUUCCAAAUUAGAUCAAACACAGGCCCAGCACAUCCACACUUCCCCACAUGGCCCUUCAUCCUGUAUUGCCUUUGUGCUUAUUGGUACAUGAUGAAAGGUGGGCCCCUUGUCUUGUUGCCAACAGGUAUCUUUAAGUUUUGUCCCGUUUACCUUUUUGAGUUUCAUGUGGUCUUAAUAUUUUGUCCUAAAAACAAAUUUGCCAUAACUGGUUGUCACUGGCACAUUUAUCUCUUCUUGAUGAUUUUUUUUUUUAAGUCUGUUAAUCAUUUAAUUUACUGUGCCAUCUGUUAUAAAUGGCUGCAUAUCACUGAUUUCAUUUGCCUGCCCUUGAUUAAAGGAAUACUCCACUGCCUUCAGUGUAGGCUCUUGAAUGUUACCUGUAUUUAUAAAAAGCUAAAUAGUAUUUUGAAUACACCUGAUACUGGCUAAGAAAAAGCCAUUUACCAUUCUGCUUUCAGUCAAAUUCCAACUUGUUUCAAGCAUUCCUACAACACCCAGCAUUCAUUGCAAACUCUGUGAUGCUGACCAGCCAUGAGUUGACCAAUGCCCCUGGUUAGCCUCAGUUUGCUAACAUUUUAGCAUGUUAAUAUUUGCAUUGGAGUUGAUGCAAACAGUUGCCUAACAAAGUGUGCCAGAGGACGUCUGCAUCUAAAAUGACAAUACACAUCAUAUGAACAAUGGCUACCUUUUUGUACUGGGCAUUACUUGAACCAUUAAAGAUAUAGAUAAGGUAAAAAAGCAAAACGGUGGAGUAUUCCUUUAAUCCAUGAUCCAGUAAUGCAAAAAUGAUGCUAGUCAAUGGUGGGGCCUUGCAACGAUUGAGGUGUUCGGUGUGUUUUAACCACCACUUGUUCAAGCACGCCUCAGUUAAUUUCUCUAAUCCACAGCCUUUAAGCAAUACUUAUAGUACCCCGUGCUAAACAAUCGCUCAGUGUCAAUGGUAGAAAUCUUUACAAAGUCAAGCCAGUGGACAUAUUAGCAGGCUUUUUCUUCUACAGGUGAAGUGGAAAAUGUGAGUUAGGUAGUCUCACACAUCACCGAAAAAGCAUUCAGCUACCCAUCCCUGCACCAAGGGCCUAAUCUCAGUUAUAAAUUUGUCAUUGUUCUCAAGCACAAUGCUGCAUUGAGUUACCGAUAUUUGGCCUGCAACAUGUCAGUGAACAGUAUUGAUUUCGUUUUUUGAGUUUUGAAGGAAUUCUUUUUACUCUCUUUUGCUAAUUUCGUAUUUUAUUUUGGAAAUACAGUAGAGAAGACACUGUAUAAAGGCUAAAUCCUCCAUUUGUUUUAUCAUUUUCGUUACAAUCAAAGUCAUUUCUAGAGAGUUCAUUUUAAACGGUUACAUUUUGAACACAUUAAUGCAGACGUAGGAGCAUAUUUAAAAGGAUUUAAACCAUCUAAAAGAUUGCCUUUGGUCAUAAUUCAUUUCGGGGGUUCUGUGUCGUAAAUCUCGGAUGGUCAUUAACACGCAAAACCUAAUCUCACAAAGUGAAUCUCAACAGCAGUUUGCCAAAAUCUCAGGUCCAAAUAGUCAAAGUUUUGGUCAUAUUCAGGGUGGAUCUCUGGAUGUGAUGAUGACCAGCAUGUUAUUAUAUUAUUCUAUUUCAAAAUCACUUGCAGUUUAAAGGCAACACCGUUCUUACUAUAUGUUAGUAUUUUUCUUCAUUCAAAAAGGGCUGGUACUUCAUUUAUUAAUCAAUAUGUAAAAAAGAAGAAAUUCCCCCCAUCUUGUAGUUUUCCUAAAAAUAUGCAAGUUUUGAAGCAAGACAAUACUGUUUUUAGAAAAUGACUGCUCACUUAAAACACAUCUCAUUAUUUAUACAUGAUUACAGUUAGAUAAUAAGAAAAGUACUCUUCUUGCAUCUUGCACCUACAAAGUUUUGAAGUAUGUGAGAAAACAAUAUAGUGAGUAAAAAUGUAAUGGUUAUUUAAAAAAAUCUAAGAAAAAAAAAUAACUUUGUUGACUUAAAGAUAAAAUGAAAAAGUGCUGUCUGUUAGAGUUAUUUGUAAGAGUUCAAAGGUGAGAGCACUUUGAACAUAUUGGAGGUGAAAUCAUAAACCUGUUUUAUUGAACAAAAACAAAACCUAGUCCCCAAUAAAAACAACUCUGGUGAAAAAAUGAAGAAAUACUACCGAUGAAUAUGAGCACCAGUUCAGCAUUUAUUUUGUUCUUCAGGGAUUUUUGAGCCGAAGGAACAGCUGACAAUCAAAUGUGAACAUUUGUCUUCUUUUACCCAUAACACCUUGUGUUUUUUUUGGUCAUUUCCAUUGGUAUGUUAGGUGUAUGUACUUGUCCCUACUAGAUCUCACCAUGGUUCUCUUAGAAGAGGACUGAGCAUCAGUUUCAGGUGCAUCAACGCAGUUAUCUGCUGCUGCUUGAUGUCCUAAUGCAUUUUUAUCUGCACAAAACAAAGUGAAGAAUUUGAAUCAUAUCAAACUAAAUAUGUUUCACACACCGAGUCAACUAUUUCGCUCCCAGGUUGUGUAGGAAUAUACGCAGAACCGGUAAGCCAUAUUUAUCUCCCCCUACAUUGCUAUCAUUGAGCUUCUUUGCCCAUUCCGCCCGUCGAAGAUCAUUCCUUGAUGUAGGAUUCUAUAUGUUUGCUGGAACUAGUUGAAUCAUUUUUUAUUUUCUUUAUUUUCUUUGCAAAAGGAAAGAUGACUCUCAUUUGCGUAAUUGAUUUACAUUCUUUCAAAUUAGCACCGAAACCUGAUGUCCAACACUAAAUCAGAUUCUCUGUGUUGUUAAUGUCAUUCGUAAAUUUGGAUGCAAAAUUUCAAACGUAUACAAACUACAGGAUGUAUCUACUUUAUCAAGUUUAGAAAAAAAAUUGGAAGCACCUUUGGAAACCCAUGAAAUGACCACUGGACUUAUGUGUAGUUAUAUGUAGAGUAAAUUAUAAAAGGACACACAUUGUAACACUAAAGAGGCUUUUAAACAAUAUUCUCUUAACUACUUUUUACAUUAUGAUAACAAUCCACCAUAAUAUCUUUUUAUUUUAGCUUUCACUAAGUUAUAUUUUUGACACCUUAUCCUCAUUAGGUCCCCUACCCUCCUUAUUUCCUCCAUCUUCUUCCAUGUGAUCUUUUCUUUAGUCUUAAGUUGAAUAAGGUCUAAGUGAAGUUUAAUGGAGAACCUUACUCAAAGAUUCCCAAUGGUGCUCACAGUUUUCCAUCCUAUCUAGUAUGAGAUGAACUCAUCAUGGAAAACAAUGAACAUGGUCACUUUUUGUCUUGAAAUUACUCAUUAGAAACGUAUCUGCAGUCUCCCACAUUUAAAAUAGGUUAGCCAUAAUCAUUUAAAAAAAAAAAUAAUAAUAAUUUUGUGUAUUUAAAAAGAAAUCUGUUUGCUGAAAUGAGGCCAACUGCUUCUGAUUUGGCUUGAUGUAAAAUGUGACGAAGCCAUUUCAACUUUUAAGGCCAGUCUGUAACUUCAUGUGCCUGUCAAAUGUGGAGAACUGCCAUGUGACUUCUCUUUUGGCUGAAAUAGUUUUUCUUUUUGAGGAAAGUUAUAGCAAAAACACAAAGGCUUUUCUUUGCCUUUUCCUUUGGCUUGUCACUGUGGGCAGCAUCAGUCAGCAAACCAACCCCGGUACAUAUUUCUCCACACUUUCCCUCCAGCUGUUAACUGAAAGUCGAGUGCAUUUAGUGAACAUCACAGAGGACAUACAGCAGCCUUAAUCACUGACAAAACAAAAGUGGCAUCCACAAAAAUAGAUGGCAGCUGCAAGUGGGAGGGAUCAAUUCUAACGUCUAAAGAUGUUGUGAUUUCAGCUCGAUUGUUGCAGAGAAUUCAAUUGCUUAAAGACACAACCAGCGUGGCAGCACUUCAGGUUCAGCUGGUUCAGCCAGCUUCUCUAUAUAAGCAGUGAAAGAUAUGAUGGAAAGUUUAAUUUACUUGAGGCCUGUAUUUUAUUUUUAUUCCGCCUGUGGAGUCAAAACUCACAAGUUGAUCUGUUAUCAGACCUCCAGUCUAUUUUAUACUCAACCAUUUUUUAUUAGUUUUAUAAGCUAUUCAGAUGUGACAGGCUAUGUUUUUAUAAUCUCAUUUAGUUUUCAACCUAUGUAUGUUUUUCUGCGUACAAUGCUGAAGUUUUAGUUUGAAGCCAAACUCUGAACUCUCAUAGGGUUGACUUUAUUCUAAUGGAAGCCAUGUAAAGGUCGGUAACACUGGUGAUUGGCAGUGUUCUUGGAGGACUUAAAGAUAAAAGUUCAACCUUAUUCGUUUUUUGUUUUUUUUUCUGAGAGCAAUAUGAGAAUAUUCAUAGCACUCUCAUGUCUGUACAGUGAAUAUGAAGCUACAGCCAGUAGCUGGCUAUACUUGUAUGUAAUGUAGCUUAGCAUACAGACUUGAAACAGGGGGAAACAGCUAGCCUGGCUCUGAGAAAAGGUUACAGAAUCUGCCUACCCUCACCUCUAAAUUACAUUUUUUUAUAGGGGACCAAUAUCAGGCUACUCCUUGUCUGGGACCAGUAACAGCUUUGGUUGCCUGGCAACUGGUCCUGGCAAAGAAAAAGUUUGACAAAUAACCCCUCGUGAAGCGGAGAAGCAUCUCUUUUACACUUCGGUUUUUGUAUGGAUUAAACAAGAUACAAUGUGUUAAUUAGUGAGCUUUAGCUGUUAGCUUUGGCUAGCUGUUUCCAGUCUUUGUGCUAAGCUAUGCUAACCGGUUUCUGGCUGUAGCAUCAUCUUUACUGUAUAGCCAUAAGAGGGAUCAGUCUUCUUAUCCAGCUCUCGGCAAGAAAGCGAAUAAGUGUAUUUCCCGAAAUGUUGAAUUAAACCUUUAAGUCUCCCACCGCGCGACAAGCCUAGCCUUCCCCUCUACGACAAAAGUAAAAGCACUUUUGACAGUCCAGAGUGAGGUUGCAGACUGUGCCACUGGUAAGCCAUAUGCUACUUCUAUUGAAUAAAACACUAAUAUAUGAGGUUAUUAAUGGUUGUAUAAUUCAUUCUUUCCUAUGCUGGAUAUUAACCAUUAGCCCAGCAUUGGACAUUUCUACCUCCAUCACUCAGGCACAUAGCGAAAAUAUGUUGUGUCCGUUUGCUUGGUUCUAAGGCGCUGACAUAUCAAAUUCUCAGCAACAUGUCAGAAAUGUCAGCACUCAGUUGUUCUCUGUGACUGAAUACUUAAUUCAUUGGUACCAGACUUUUGUAGAUGUACCCCCAUGGCUGUGCUGUAGUUGCUUCUUCAACUGUGAUGGUUUUUUAUUUUUUUUUCUGUUAAUGGUUUGUGCACUGUUUGACAAUUUCUUACUGUAUAUUCAAUGAUCAUGAGCUGAACAACAGUUAAUCAUGAACAUGUUUUUUAAAGGUGCUAUGUGUAGUAUUCUCUAAAUACUGUUAAAUUAUAACUUGGACCACAGAUGUGGCAGUUUAAACAUGACCUCUGGUGAUCUACUCAAUAUUCCUUUGUUUGUUGGAGAAGGUACUUUUGAUUUUGGAUGAAGUCGGUCGCGUUUGCUUCUUUAUUGGCAGACUGGUAGCUGAAUAUUCAGAAGCAACACUGGGAAGAUAAUCAGAUUUGCUGCUAUCAUGCUGUUCAUAGUGACUAUAAAGUGUAGCACAUGUUGUUCUGUUAGGUAGUGUAAUAUUCAGUGAAAAUUCUACACAUAAUACCUUUAAGUGAAAGAAGUAUUAUGAUUUUUCUCAUAGUAAAGACCUGAAGAAAUUUGUCCAAUUGUGAUUUUUUUUUAAAUUUUUUUUAUUUCUGGUGUCUUUCACUGAAUUUGUGUUUAAAAAAAAAAAAUCAGAAAAAAAAAAGUACAAACACGAACAUUGGAGUUUUACGAAUUUAUCAUGUAUUUAUGCUUUAUUAAAAGUGUAUACUCAUUGUGGGCAGUGUUUUCUGUAAUGUUUAAAUUUUGUUAAUUUAUUACCUAAAUGUUGAAAUAUUAAACACUUUUAAAACAUGAACACUUGGUACAUACAUACAGUAUAUAUUUAAAUAUGAUACUUUGCAUGUGCACUAACUGUGUUGGAUUAAACUGCAUUAAGUUUAAAUAAAAUGGGUUUGAUGCCCAAAACGUAA